AUGACACAGAGGCAGUUCUCCAUCAGCUCCUGGCAGGAACGUUGGAGUGGAUCCAGUGCCGCUCUGCACAAUCAUCCAGCUCACGGAGGAUCACCUGCCACCCGGAUCCCGUGUCCGUUCCUCCGCCGCUCCGCUCGGCCCGUGAAUGGCCCUGACAUGGAGGAAGUCCCGUUUCAGAAAGUCCGGACGCGGCGGAAGCGGAGCCGGCGCUGUCCGCCCGGCGUGCCCGUGCCCGUGACCGCCAUCGCGUGCGAGGACGAGUUCGACUGUAAGGAGCUCGAGUCGCUGUUCCGAACCUACAACCUGAAGCUGGAGCAGACCUCGGCGCUCAAGGCGCUGGCUGUGCUGGCGGCUCUGGCGUGUGCGCUCGCGGCGCUCGAGGCGCUGCUGUCCGGCCCGGGCCUGGCCGUCGCCAAGGCGUCGCAUCCGGCGCACGGCGUCGUGUUCGCGUCGCUCUUCGUCGUGGCCAACGUCAAGUACCUGCGCGUGGGUCAGCUGCAGCAGAUCGUCAGCCUCACGCUGCUGUUCGCCUUCACCUUCGCGCUGCUCUGCUGCCCGUUCCCGCCCGUGGCGCCCGGUGCCCACGCGCCAGCCACGCCGCCGCCCGAGCACGGAGUCUGGCAGCUCGCGCUCGUCACCUUCGUCGCGUACGCACUGCUUCCGGUGAGGACUCUGCUCGCAGUGACCUUCGGCAUCAUGGUGGCCUUCUCACACGUCGUGGUCACGGCAACGUCAGUCACCGCCAAGACGCACAAGCUGUGGAGAGCGCUGGUGGCCAACAUGUUGCUCUUCACCAGCGUGAACCUGUCCGGUCUGUUUGUGCGGAUCCUCACUGAGCGUGCUCAGAGAAAGGCCUUCCUGCAGGCACGGAACUGCAUCGAAGAACGACUGCGCAUGGAGGACGAGAACGAAAAGCAGGAGCGACUCUUGAUGAGCCUCUUGCCCAGGAACGUGGCUAUGGAGAUGAAGGAAGACUUCCUGAAACCUCCUGAAAGGAUUUUUCACAAGAUUUACAUCCAGCGCCAUGACAACGUCAGCAUCCUGUUUGCAGACAUCGUGGGCUUCACCAGUCUGGCAUCACAGUGCACGGCUCAGGAGUUGGUGAAGCUGCUCAACGAGCUCUUUGGAAAGUUCGACGAGCUUGCCACGGAGAACCACUGCCGGCGCAUAAAGAUCCUGGGCGACUGUUACUACUGCGUGUCAGGACUGACCCAGCCGAAAACUGACCACGCCCACUGCUGUGUCGAGAUGGGGCUCGAUAUGAUCGACACCAUCACGUCAGUGGCAGAAGCAACGGAGGUGGACCUGAACAUGCGUGUGGGUUUACACACAGGCCGUGUGCUCUGUGGCGUUCUGGGGCUCAGGAAGUGGCAGUAUGAUGUCUGGUCCAAUGACGUGACGCUGGCCAACGUGAUGGAGGCUGGGGGGCUUCCUGGGAAAGUCCACAUCACUCGGUCCACGCUGGAGUGCCUGAAUGGGGACUACGAGGUGGAGCCUGGAAACGGGUGCGAGAGGAAUGCCUUCCUGCAGAAACACGACAUCGAGACCUUCUUUAUAGUGCCAUCUCACCGCAGGAAGAUCUUUCCUGGACUGAUCCUUUCUGACAUCAAACCUGCCAAAAAGAUGAAGUUUAAAACGGUGUGCUACCUGCUGGUGCAGCUCAUGCACUGCCGCAAGAUGUUCAAGGCUGAGAUCCCCUUCUCCAACAUGAUGAACUGUGAGGAUGGGGACAAGAGGAGAGUUCUGCGCUCGGCUCCGGAGAAGCUGCGUAAUCGGACCUCGGUUUCGGCCAACGUGACCCAGAGCAGCCCCGGCACACGGGUCAACCGCUACAUCGGCCGUCUGAUCGAGGCGCGUCAGACAGAGUCGGACACGGCGGACUUACACUUCCUCACGCUUAUGUACAAGUGCUCAGAACGGGAAAGGAGGUACCACCUCAUCCAUGACGAGUACUUCACCGGUGCCGUGGUGCUGUCGCUAAUCCUCGCUGCCUUGUUGGGUCUUGUCUACCUUCUCACCAUGCCACAGGGUACAGUGGUGUUGGUGCUGCUGGUUUUCUGCAUCUGUUUCCUUGUAGCUUGUAUCAUGUACCUUCAUGUCACUCGAGUGCAGUGUUUUCCUGGGUGCCUCACCAUUCAGAUACGCACUGUCCUGUGUGUGCUAAUAGUGCUGCUAAUCUACGCUGUGGCGCAGGCGUGUGUGGUGGGCUGCAUGCCCUGGCUCUGGGCCUCCACCUCCAACACCUCAAUAGUGAUCAUAGACAUGGUGGGCGGAGCUAACCGCACCAUGCCGGAGCUGCCAUGUGAUGGGGUGCAGUAUGCCUUCCUGGCAUGUGUGGUAGCCACGGUUACCAUGGCGCUAUUCCUGAGAGUGUCCUGGCUGCCCAAGCUGCUUCUGCUGCUCGUGUUGGCCGUCAGCUUCAUCACCGUACUGGAGCUGAGCGGAUACCGCCGAACCGUGACCGGUGCAGGUGUAGGUUCACUGAACGUUCGUGCGUAUGAGCCCAUCCUCUCCCUGCUGCUGUUCUCCAGCGCUCUGGCCCUGCACUCACGCCAGCUCGAGCUUAAACUGCGCCUCGACUUCCUCUGGGCCACACAGGCUGAGGAGGAGAGGGACGGUAUGGAGAAGGUGAAACUGGACAACAGGAGGAUUCUCUUCAAUCUGCUCCCAGUUCACGUGGCUCAGCACUUUUUAAUGUCCAACCCCAGGAACAUGGAUCUGUAUUACCAGUCGUACUCCCAGGUCGGCGUUCUCUUCGCCUCCAUUCCGAACUUCAACGACUUCUACAUCGAGCUGGAUGGAAACAACAUGGGCGUGGAAUGCCUGCGUCUCCUCAAUGAGAUCAUCGCUGAUUUCGACGAGCUCAUGGACAAGGAAUGCUACAAAGACAUUGAGAAGAUCAAAACCAUUGGCAGCACGUACAUGGCAGCGGUGGGUUUGGUUCCCACUACAGGCAGCAAGGUUAAAAAGUCCACUUCAGCUCACCUGAGUACAAUAGCAGACUUCGCCAUUGAAAUGUUUGAUGUCCUUGAUGAAAUCAACUACCAGUCUUAUAAUGAUUUUAUCCUGAGAGUAGGUAUAAAUGUAGGUCCAGUGGUGGCUGGUGUUAUCGGGGCUCGUAGGCCUCAGUAUGAUAUCUGGGGCAACACGGUGAACGUGGCCAGCCGUAUGGACAGUACCGGAGUCCCGGGAAAGAUCCAGGUAACAGAGGAAGUGCACCGCCUGCUGCAAAAUGACUACGACUUGGUGUGUCGUGGCAACAUCAGCGUCAAGGGUAAAGGUCAAAUGGUGACCUACUUCCUGGAGGGCAGGUCUCAAGGCACUGGUCCGAGGGCACCUGAGCGCCACAGGAGCACAUAUGCCAUGGGACGUGCCGCCAGGGUCGGGGUCGGAUCUGCGCAAAGCUUCGCCCACAACUCCGACCACGGUCGUCCUGUGUCUUACAUUGUGCACAAGGAGGAUGGUGAGGAGGACACUGAAGAGGAGGAAGCAGAGGUUUAA